AUGCCUCCAAAGCGAUUGUUGUCUCAUUAUAAGCUUGAUGCUCGUAGAAACAGGCUUCUUAUGGUGUCGUGCAAUGCAGAGGAUAUGCUUUUGCCAUGCAAAUAUGAUUCAAAUUUUAAGGUGUUGGGAAAGCAAGAGUUUAACAUACCUGAUCACUUGAUGAUCCAUGAUUGGGCUUUCACAGACACUCACUAUAUAUUAUUUGCCAAUCGCAUCAAGCUUGAUGCUGUCGGUGCAAUGACUGCAGUUUGUGGGACUUCUCCUAUGAUAACAGCAUUGUCGGUGAACCCUAGCAAGGCCACAUCUCCCAUAUAUUUGCUUCCUCGGUCUCCUAAUGAAAAUGGUCGAGAUUGGAGAGUGCCUAUCGAAGCUUCUUCACAAUUGUGGCUCCUACAUGUAGCCAAUGCUUACGAGAAUCUGGAUGAGAAUGGGAAUAUGGAGAUGGAAAUACAUGCUUCGGCUUGCUCUUACGAGUGGUUCAAUUUUCAAAAAUUAUUUGGAUAUGAUUGGCAAAGUGGUAAACUAGACCCCUCGAUUAUGAACAUAAAUGGAAGCCAAAGCAAGACGCUACCUCAUCUUAUCCAGGUCUCCAUAAACUUGGAUGUGAAUGGAAGCUGUCAAAGAUGUGAUGUGGAGCCUUUAAACCAGUGGAACAAGUCAUCAGACUUUCCAGUUAUCAAUCCAGCCUUUUCAGGAAGCAAAAACACAUACAUAUAUGCAGCAGCUUCUUCAGGUUCUCGCAGUGCAUUGCCUCACUUUCCAUUUGACAUGGUGGCCAAGCUAAAUGUUUCAACGAAAUCUGUGCUUACAUGGUCUGUUGGGAGCCGGAGAUUCAUCGGAGAGCCCGCUUUCAUCCCCAAAGGUUCUGAAGAAGAUGAUGGUUACAUUCUUGUAGUUGAGUAUGCAGUUUCAGUUCAAAGGUGCUAUCUGGUUAUCUUAGAUUCCAAAAGGAUUGGAGGAGAGGAUGCACUAGUGGCAAGACUUGAAGUUCCUAAGCACCUAAAUUUUCCUCUUGGUUUUCAUGGUUUCUGGGCCACUGCAGAGUAA